AUGUCCGCAACCUCCAAACCCCAUAUCUUGAUCAUUGGCGCAGGAAUCUCCGGUCUCUGCUUCGCCCUGCAGAUACUCACCCACGCAAACAAAUUCUAUACCGUCACAUCAAGGACCGCGGACCCAUCAACCGGCUUCUGCAUCAUCCUUUCUCCGAAUGCAAUCCGCGUGCUCCGCACGCUCUCGAUCGACCUUGUCGCGAUCGGAGCAGCGCGUCCACUAACACACACCCGCUUCCACUCGCACACCGGCUCUCUCCUUCUUUCGGCCGACCACGUCGUCCCCGGCGAUCCCGAAUCCCUCCUCACCGUCGAGCGGGGGAAGAUGGUGCGCGCGCUUCUCGACCGCCUGCAAGAGCUCGGCGGAGUAGUGGAGUGGGACCACAAGCUCUCCAGCAUCUGCACGGACGAAUCCACCUCCACCGUCGAGGCUGUCUUUUCCUGCGGGCGACGGGCGACAGGUAGUCUCCUCGUGGGUGCGGACGGCACGUGGUCCUCCGUCUGUCACAGCAUCCCGCAGCCGCACGCGCCGCUCUCCCCGCCGUGGAGCCUCCCCAUCCUGCGCCUCCUCCGGUCUCCACUCCUCCUCUUCCGUUCCAAGGAGGAGGCAUGGAUGCCCCAGCCCACCCGCUGGACCGCACUCUACGGCAUCACCCCGCCGCUGCCGGACCACCUCGUGACGCCGUACGGCGCGCUGCAGCUGUACGUGCGAGACGGAAAACCAGGCGCGUACGCGACGUACUCGCUCGGGGGCAACCGGCUAUUCUGGAUAUGUUACGAGAGCAGCCGGCCAUCCGCCGCCGCGUUUUCGGGCGAGGAUGCGGAACGGACGAGAGAUGAGUUCAAGAGCGCGGUGUAUGGCUCCGAGGGCGGGUUCACGCUCGGCGACGUGAUGAAAGAUAGUCAGAUGAUGAAAGUGCGCUUGUGGCAUGCCGUGUUUGAGAACGUGCGCGACGGCAGGGUCGUCCUCAUUGGCGACGCGGCGCAUCCGCAGACUACGUUUCUUGGGCAGGGUGCGGGAAGGGGUAUAGAGGAGGGAGCGGAGCUGCGGAGGGCGCUGUUGCGCAAAGCGUGGGGUGGGGAGGGGGCGGGGGUGGGAGUGAGUGGGUUCGUGGACGGUGCCAGGACGAGGGGGAGGGAUGUGGCCGAGAUGGGGUGGUGGGCGGGAUGUACGGUCAUGGGUGAUUGGUGGUGGAGCAGGAAGGCGAGAGAUUGGCUUCUGAGGUAUCUUGCGUGGGACGAGAGGAGGUACAAGGAGAGAUGUGCUAGGAAAAGGGAGGAGGCGAAGGCGAAGGCGAAGGAUAAGUCGCCCGCGCUGGCCACGGUAAAGCCGGUGAAGCGGCAGGAGAAUUGGCUGCUCGACUACUGUGUCCCCGUGGAAACAGAGGAAGAUUUCUGGCUCGCGCAGAAGGCGAAGCUGAGAGAGGGCGAACAGGCAAAGGGAUGGUGCAGUCGCUGUGGACAGGUGCUGCGAGUGCUAGCCUAUGCACUUGUCUUCCUGCUAGGCGUCAAGUUCCUGCUUGUCAUGAGGGUGGACGCGUCCAUAGCGUAG